UGUGCCGAAGCCGUCAGUCGUCUGUGGGCGAAGGGCAUGAGCGCGCUCACCCUUGUCAAACCCUCAUAUCGAUCCGCAUUUGCGGCAUUUAAACGUGACUUUUAGCCUUUCGGCUGACCGACGAAGUGUGAGCUCGAUAAAAGCCAGGAGCAUCCAGAGGAAUGAGAGAAACGAGAGAAGGAGGCAACUCAGCGAAGGAACUAAAUAUUUGUUGACUUUAUUUCCUUCUUCGGACUUAUUAAUAGUUCUGAUUAUACUUGUUUUUACCGAACCCGUAAAGUCAUGGAUCUGGCAGAUCACUGAGCAGGGAGGAUGACAUCGGAGUCUGCGGUCUCCACACGCCCCACCAUGAGCAGCACCCCUUCCAAGGGGGACUACCACUGGCUCCGCUCCUUUGUGGCUGGAGGUGUAGCAGGAUGCUGUGCCAAGACUACUAUCGCUCCUCUGGACAGGGUCAAGAUUCUUCUUCAAGCCCAGAACCCCCAUUAUAAACAUCUGGGAGUAAUUUCCACUCUCAGAGCUGUGCCAAAAAAAGAAGGCUUCCUUGGCUUGUACAAGGGUAAUGGGGCUAUGAUGGUCAGGAUAUUUCCUUACGGAGCCAUCCAGUUCAUGGCCUUUGACAAAUAUAAAAAGCUGCUAAGUAAACAGAUGGGCAUCUCUGGACACAUCCACCGCCUCAUAGCAGGAUCUAUGGCAGUGUUUUCAGGGAUGACUGCAGUGAUAUGCACUUACCCUCUGGAUGUAAUCCGAGCCAGGCUGGCCUUCCAGGUGAAGGGAGAUCAUCGCUACACUGGAAUUGCUAAUGCUUUCCACACCAUCUACCUUAAGGAGGGAGGCGUCUUGGGCUUCUACAGGGGACUUACUCCAACACUUAUUGGAAUGGCGCCUUAUGCAGGUCUGUCUUUCUUCACCUUCGGGACCCUGAAAAGCCUGGGUUUGAAACAUUUCCCAGAGCUGCUUGGACGCCCUUCCUCAGACAACCCCGAUGUGCUCAUUUUGAAAACCCAUGUCAAUCUUCUCUGUGGAGGGGUUGCGGGGGCUAUUGCUCAGACGGCAUCGUACCCUUUGGAUGUGGCUAGAAGAAGAAUGCAGUUAGGCGCUGUGCUUCCUGACUCAGAGAAAUGUGUAUCACUGAUCAAGACACUAAAGUACGUGUAUAAUACGUUUGGGGUGAAGAAAGGAUUGUACCGAGGCCUUUCUCUCAACUACAUCCGCUGUGUCCCCUCCCAGGCCGUGGCCUUUACCACCUAUGAGUUCAUGAAGCAGGUCCUCCACCUGAACUAGUGGCUGUUUUUUGUACCUCCCAGGCUGCACUCAGGCGUUUGUGCUCCUAGACUUAAUGCCAGCCGACUUCAACGCUUCCUUCAUCUGAAGGUCGCUCACUAUGUCUUAAACUCCUGAAUGCAGGAACUGCCUUUUCCUCACCGAAAAAGGGAUUUGAAUAUGAAAUGAAAAAGCCACUCCAUGUCUGUCCUGUUUCAUUCCUUCUUACUUUUUGCUUUGGUAAUUCAACAACUCAUAAAAAAAUAUUUUUUUCUUCUUUCUUGCUCAUAGAUGGGUGUAACCUGCACCACAGUAACCCUAAGAUUAUUUAUCUUGUUAAAGCUGCAUCAUUCACAGCGCGCAGUGAUCUGAGAUAUGCAUUUUUAUAGUGGUGUUUUCUAUUUUCUGACCCGGUGAAGAGAUUUUAAGUUGCAUAAAAUGAUCAAACUAAGCUCUCUAAAGAAUAUAUUUUUAUUAUUAUUUUUUUUUGUACAAAGAAUAGGAAUGUUGACAUCUUUAUUAUUUGUUAUAUCUUUUUUUUAUGUCAGUGUGGUAAAACGUAGCUUUGGCUGAAAAUUGAGAGUAAUUGUAAAAUAAGUUUUUAGCAGAUGUAAAGCUUAGUGUUUAAUUAUGAACUGCACAACUUAAGGAAAUCUUUAAGUUGUGCAUUUUCUUUGCCCCCUGCCCCCUUAUUUUGUUUGUUUUUGCUCAUUUUUCGUGCAUAUUUUUUAGAGAUGCUGUGACAUGUGCGGUACAUGACUUUAAUUUUGAAACAAUCCCUUAUUUUACUGCCAGAAUACUUAAUUAGAGCAGUUACUGUGUACAUGUUCAAAUGCUGAAAGACCCUUGCUCUUCUGUUUAACGAGCUCUUAGAUGUUUAGUCUGUGACUUUGAUUAGACAAAAUUGUGUCCACCGUUGAUCACUGGUGUUCACACAGAUCUUUUGAGAUGCUGAGAUUUUGAUAUAAUGUGGAUUCUGUGCUGAUAUCGUGGAGGGACACGAUUGCCAGAUGGGACUCAGGAGUAAUUUGCACUCAAUGACUUUAGCUGUAUUUAUUGAUUUAACGACCUGUUGCCACUGGGUGGCAGCACUGAUAUGUUUUGUUUACUGUUGGAGCCGCACGCAACAUUCAUAUGAAAUCAACAACUUCUUGCAAAAGACGACAGAUGAAUGAACUUGGAUUUGCUUUUAACCACAAGAAGUCAUUCAGAUAGUAAUAAUCAUACAUGCUGUGUUUCACUGGAGUUUCACUGUGACUGUUUACAUUUAUUGUCCAAGAGGAGAAAAAAAGCGAAUUAAUUACUGGAGAAAAAAUUAUGUUUUGAUCUUUUUCAUCACAUGCCUUCAAGUCACCAAUAAUAAGGAUCCUUACUGUUGAUCAGGCAUCCUAGUUUUAUUUAGCCUCUUGCCUUUCUCUGCAUUCAAUGUCUCACUUCUUCAGAGUGAUUAGUGUGUUUUAUUAAACAUUUGUCUGCGUGAGUCAGCUGAUGCCUCAGCUUUAAGAUGUGUACUUGCCUGCAUGUGUAUGAAUGGGGCGGGAAGUGCAAAAGGCAGAUUCUUAAAACGGUGCUUUCCACCAUUACGGGUUUGUGAGUCUUUCAAAUGAAGCCGUGUCUACAUACUCUUUAUCACAGUUUGCUCAUGCCCAUCACAGAGGGAUUUUCCCCUAAUAUACACCUCUCAGUCUCAUUUGAAUAUCUCCUAGAGAGGUGCACUGUUUUAUGUCGACAGCUCAGCUGCAAAUUUGUACAGAAGAUAGCUUUUUUUUUUUUUUCUGAUCUGCUGUCCAUUUAUAGAGUAAUUUAUUGCAUAAUCCACUGAAUCCCCAGAAAAUCCACUUUAAUGUGUGGACAGAUUCAAACUGGUCUUUAAUCAUUCUGUGGGCGUGCAUACUUGCGGGGUCAGAAAGCACUGUUUUAGCAUAUUGAAAUGUGCUGACAUUUUGGGCAGCUUACACGCUCUAAAGACUCGGUGUUAGACACAGACUUGUGACUAAAGGUGUUGGAAAAAAGUCUAAAAAUGUAGGAAAGCAGACUUCUUCCAUAUCAAAAAUUUAAAAUGUAAAAGUGCAGGUGACGAAGUCCUGUGUGUGACUUCAAUAAACAAAUACAGUACACCUACAUUGUUGGACUUACUGACAUACUGACUAAUACCAAGUUGCAGCUACUUUCAGGAAACAGAUCUUUCAGCAAUCAUUCGUCCAGAGUGGACAAAUGCUUUCAUCGUUUUUCAUACUGUUCCUCUUAUUUCCAUAUUGGGUUUUUUAAAAACAGCUUUCCUCUCACUCAAUGCUCCUGCUGCUCACUGCCACUGGUAAUGGAUUGUUAUUGUUCGGAUGUUUAUGUGGAGAAGCACUGCCGGGCUAGAUGGGGCUGAAAGAAUAUCUUUCUUUUUGUUUUAGAAAUGAACAAUGAAAAUGCCUUGUUUUGUUUGUUUGUGAGCUUUAUUUUCUGACUUUGUACUUGUUCAGUUUCACUUGCCAUGCUUUUUAAAAGCAGUGUCUGAAUGAUAUA